AUGGCUAAUAGUAAUUUAAACUUUGUCAAAAGAAAACGGUCUGCAAAUUGGGAUGCACUAGAAAAGAGUUUAUUAAAAAGUUGUAUGAAGGAGUUUGUAUCCGUCAUAGAUAAUAAAAACACUGAUUUAAAUACUAAUAAAAGCCCUAAACCUCUUAGCCCCGACCCGGAAACCAUUGACAUUUUGAGCAUGAUUCCACAGGAAUUUGAGACGGAUUUCAAUGUCUUUGACAGUGACACCAUAACACAUCCAGAGGUUCAAAGUCAGGAGAAGUCCUCGGUUAAUACAAUAACACAAGAGUAUGUUAUCACUCCAGGAGAUAAUAAUGAUAAUGUGCAAGAGAAUAUUACACCACUACCUUUCAAGAUGCAAAAUGAAAAAGAUAGAAUGAAACGGAAAUUAUCAUUCAAUUGUAUGAAUGAUAAUAUACACACAAACGUGAGGAUAGAGACUUAA